GGGGGCCUCCGGCGUCUUUCUGCUCCGUCAGGUUCUGGCAGUCGCCUCUCCUCGCGCUCCUUUCGCCAUGUCUGAGACCGCGCCGCCCGCUCCCGCCGCUUCCACUCCCCCUGAGAAGCCUGCGGCCGGCAAGAAGGCCAAGAGGCCGGCCAAGUCCGCGGCCGCUGCCAAGAAGAAGUCUACGGGCCCUUCCGUGUCGGAGCUGAUCGUCCAGGCCGUGUCGUCGUCCAAGGAGCGCAGCGGCGUGUCCCUGGCCGCGCUCAAGAAGGCGCUGGCGGCCGCCGGCUACGACGUGGAGAAGAACAACAGCCGCAUCAAGCUGGGCCUCAAGAGCCUGGUGAGCAAGGGGACCCUGGUGCAGACCAAGGGCACCGGCGCCUCGGGCUCCUUCAAGCUCAACAAAAAAGCUGCAUCUGGAGAGGCCAAGGCCAACCCCGCAAAGGUAACGAAGGCCAAGGUUGCGGGCGCUUCAAAGAAACCCAAGAAGGUUACGGCGGCUGUCAAAAAGGCGGUCAAGACCCCGAAAAAGGCCAAGAAGCCGGCUGUGACCAAGAAGGCUUCCAAGAGCCCCAAGAAGCCCAAGGUGGUGAAGGCGAAGAAGGUCGCCAAGAGCCCCGCCAAAGCCAAGGCCGUGAAGCCCAAGGCGGCCAAGGCCAAAGUGACCAAGCCCAAGGCGGCUGCCAAGCCCAAGAAGGCGGCACCCAAGAAGAAGUAAGCGUUGCAGUUGGAACUUGACUUCCAAUAACCCAACGGCUCUUUUAAGAGCCACCAACAUACUUCAGGGAAAGAGCUUUGAUAUCCAGGGUGUUCUGGCUCUGGCGUCAGUUUCUGCCCCCUUGCGACAGCUGUGCUCGGUCCACCCGCCCCACUCCCUGGCCACCGUCCCUUCGGUAUCUAAGGAAACUCCAUGGUGUCUUGGGUCCUAGGCCGAGUGCGCGUUCGGGGACUUGGGAACCCCCGACCUGGUUACGUUCCUGCCAGGUUUUGUCGGAGUCCAGAACCUUUAUGGGAGGACUUGGACACCCCCGCCUACCCCAUAGGUCCCACACCCCAGGCUAGUUCGCCAUCAGCGCUAAUCCGUUAACCUUGACCGAAGCCUCCUCCCAGCCUCAGCUGGAAGCCUGGGCCCGGUGCACACCUGGCCACUAGGAUUCUCUUGGGCGGGCGUUGGGUUCGAGGCCAUGGACCCGGUGUUCCCGGGCGCCCCGAGUGUGGCCUGUUUGGCCACACCCACAAACGCGGCGCUCCAGCUGGAUGUCCUUGGCCUUAAUGAGGACGCGCCUGGCUUGGAUGGCGCGCAGGUUGGUGUCCUUGAGCCCUAUCAGGCAGGCCUGAGUUCCUUGGGCUGCGCUCUGGCAGCUGCAGGUCGGUUUUGCUGGUGCGGCGCCUCCGCGUGGGUCGAGUCGCAGGCUGCCUGCAAGUUUCUGGCGAUGGUGAUGACAAAGGAGUUUGGCUGCAGUGAAGUUAAGAGCCGAAGCCCAAAAGCCCUUAACCGGGCUUCUCUGCAUAUAACGGAACAAAGCUGCCCUGAUUGGAUAUUGAAAGACCACUGUGCCUAACGAGUGUAUUUCAUCGGGUGCAGGGGUUUCCAUUCUGGAAACUGGCGCUAUUAAGUAGGGAAGAACACUUUUACAGAAGUGUCCUUCUAGGUUUUUGAAAUGUAAUUCUGGGAUACAGAUUUUAAUGUCUUUUCACCUUCGAGGAGAAAAUGAUGUGGCAAGCCAGUGGUACUACUUAACAUCGCUCAAUUGGUUGUAAGGCCUUAUUUUUACAUCAUGGUCUUACAAAUUCUUUGUUCUAUUUUAAAAAUGGAUCUUUUUUCCAUUGUCUUGCUGGCCUCCUAUCCCAUAACAUCUGCCAGAUAGGCACUUAACAUCUCUACUUCCUCUCCCUUAAACUGGUUUUCAUGCUAUGAACUCAGUCCUUUAUGACCACCUAUCCUAUACAAGCAUCAUUGUCCAUUUUAGUUUUUGGUUAGGGUUAUUAACAAAACAGUGACUUCAUACACCCUGAAUCUUUUCUCUUGAAACCUUUUGAAAAUCUGUUCAAGUCCAAUCUUUUUCAUGUCCUUCACCUGCAGUAACAAAUUAUUCACACAUUUCCUACUGAUAACCAUUGACAUUGUUUCCAUUUAUUAUUGCUGACCAGGAUACAAGAGUUCCACACUGAAAUUGCUAGAUUAGAGUGUAUUUUAUAUUUCAAUUGGUGCUGACAUAUUCUGGAAAUAGUUUCCCCUCAUCCAUUUCAACCACCAAGGUGUGGUCUCAAUUUCUGCCAGUGUAAAAGGAUAUAAAAUUAUUUCACAUUGUCCCUUUGAUUGGCAUCAUCAUGGCCACUAAUACAUCCUUUCUUUAGGUUUAUUGGUCAUUUGAUUAUGCCCUUCAGAGAAUGCAGGCUUUAUACUUUUGCUCAUUUUUUUCAUCAGGCAGUUUUUCUUGUCCCAUUGUGUUGGGUUGUAUAUAUAUAUAUAUACACAUACACAUACACAUACAUAUACAUAUGAGAAUGAACUACUUGUCGCCUGUAUUUCAGACAGUUUUCUGAUUUUGGCAUUUUUUUACUAGAUUUUGUUUAUGCUGUGUUUUCCAGUUAUAAGUAUUAUAUAAAGUGAGAUCUAUAUAAAGUCCCAAAUAUUAAAUGUUAGAAACUUUUCUUUUAAAGCUUCUAGAUUUCCAUUCUUGGUUAAGAAGCUGAACCCAAUGCCUCCAUUAUUCAUUCAGCAGCCUAGGUUUUCUUCUAAAAAAUGUUGCUUCCUAAAAAAUUUUUAGUCUCUAAUUUUAUGCACUUUUAGAAACCAAGUUUAUAUUCGCCCAGGUGGCCAGUUGUCCUAACACAAUUUAUUAAAUAAUCCAUCCAUUUCUCCCACUGAAGUAUGUCCUCUGUUAUUAAAGUCUUAAAUAAUAGGAUCUAUUUCUGUGUCCUUUUCUAUUGAUCUCUCCAUAUAAGUCAUAUACCUUUAUUAAUUUGUAUGCCUGUUUCUACUGUGAACUGGAAGACUCCUUUAGGUCUUACUGCUAGGAAGAAGGAAAGGUAUUGAUAUGUUGUAUCCAGUGAACUUAUCAAAUUUCUAUAAUUCCACUUGUUACUUUUUAAAAUAGAGCCCCUUGAGUUUUUCCUAGUCAUUAGCAAACUAACUUUAUUGCUUCAUCUUCCUCAAUGUGAACAUAAAGCAUUUUGUUUCCUUUUUGUAUGUAUUUGCUGAGACUUUCCAAAGUAAAUACUUUAGCAGGAAUCUCUUUUUAGUUCUUGGUUUUAAUUAAGCUAUGGUUUGUCCUUUAGGAUAUCUGUUAAUUUUUGGUAUCUCCAUAAUUUUAAAUACUUUCAAAUUUUCUUUUAUUUUCAGAAAAUUUUUCAGCUUUUAGAUUUUAAUAUAUUGAUAUGAUCAUAUGAUCUUCUAUAAAACUCAAUGUGGCUGAAAGAAUGAACUAGAAAAAGACGUUUUUCUAAGCCAAUCAUCUUAAGAGAACCAGGUGUGCUGUGGUAUUGCUGGAAGAGAGUGAGUCAGAAAUUGAAUCCAUGAGAUUACCAAGUAGAUGAGGGUGUUAGCGACUGGGUCCAAACGCUGCAGAUUGACGGAAUGGAGUACAGACCUGAGAGUAGCCUCUUGGGUAGGUAGUAUGGAGGUGACUGGUAGCUUUGAGAAGAAUAGUUUUGGGGUAGAUGGUGUUGAAUUAAGGUGGAACUAUACAAUUGGGAAUCAUUGGUAUAUGGAUGGCAUUUAAAGCCAUGAACCUGGGUGAGGUCACCCAGGGGAUGACUCAGGUAAAAAAGAAUAUAAAGGGAGAAAGUAUGGAGUCCUAAGGCUUGGAGCAUCAGGGGCAGAGGAGACCUAGUCCUGACUAUUUAUCAUCAACUAUUCUACCUCUUUGUGCUUCCACUUGCUGAUGAAAAAGUUGCAUUAGUGCAGUGUUUCUCAUGGCCUGUCAGGGAUAAAUUAGAACAUAUUAGAGCGUGCCACAUUGUAGAGGUAUAUAUAUGGCUUCCUGGAAUUUAGGUUUGGGGCACUUCCAUUGGUAGGUGUAUGUAUGUAUGUAUGUAUAUUCUAGGUUAGGCAUAUCUUCUGGGUCAUGAAGAAGAAUGUAUAUCUUAUUGGGGUCACAAUCAAGUCUUAAAACCAGUGGUUAAGGUGCUCCCUUAUGGUUUUUCACAAUUCCAAGAAUCUACUGUUUUGACAUUCUAACCACAGAAUUAGAUCUAACAUCUAUAUAAGACAAUAGAGACUUGAAAUCCAACUCAUUGAUUGUCCCAGAGAUCUUCCAGAGACAAGUGGUUAAAAGAUGACAUACAAAUUCUAUUAUUUAACUAAUUGAUUUGAGUGUCCAUACCUGUGGGGAUUUUUGAAAGACAAGAGAGGCAUAGGAGUUCUAGGAUUUCCAGGACCGAUUAAAGAUCAGUGCUGGUCCUUUAAAGUACAGAGGACAAAUAAUGAGCUUUGCUCUGUAAGUCAUACAUACAAUUGCACAUAAAUGGGAAAAAGAGAGGAGGGCGAAAUCUCGUAUCUUGAUGCUGCAGGUUUUAUCAUGUCCUAUGUGCCCAAAGGAAAAGGGGGAAUUUGCAGGGGGUGAAUUUGUUCUUUGUCAGAUCUUUGACAAUGUGUACAUGCAAAUCUAAGGGGAAAAAUGAUUCCAUGUACAAAAAUAGAACUGGGUUAAAAUCGAAGUAUUAACUACUAAAUGGUUGUUCACUAAAAUGGUGGCCUAACAACUAUCCACAGCAUUCUACCCUGCAUAUGCUCCGUUGUUUAUUUCACCAGUCAUCUGCUGGAUUUGAAAAAUUUAACAAAAAUUACAUAGUCAUUUUCAAAUGGGUUUCCAGGAGCGGGAUUCCUCUAUCAAAGGGUAAAAAUCAACAUUGUAAGUUGCAGGCUAUAGUAAAAUAAUCAUGGAAUCUUAAAAACAAAUACAAAUGCCUAAAGACAGAAAUAUUACUGGACUUCGACUAUCACUGGUCACCAUCUUUUAUUUCAUUUUAUUUUCUAAUAAAUAGUUUGAUACAAAAAUCAAAAUGACAUGAAAAGAAACACACUGAGAAGUCAGGUUCCACAUCACUGACCCUAGCCACUCUGUUCUCCUUCCAAUGUUUCUUUAUGCAAACAGAAACAUACAUACAUAUAUAUAUGUAUAUACUCUUUCUUACCCUUUCACAGGAUAACACAUACAACUGUUCACUUAGCAGUCUGCCCUGGAUCUGUGACUGUAACAGGACAGAGCUCUCCUUCAUCUCUUUCCACAGAUACGUGAUAUACAAUGUGUAAAGGAACAAUGGUUUACUCUGGUUCCAGGAGCUCUGUGUAUACAUCAGAGAGUUGAGCCCUUUGUACAAGAGUUGUAAGAUGAUAAGUUUUGCUACCUGGGCUUAUCUUUAUGUAACUGAAUGUGUGUGUCAGUAUUUUCUUUCAUGGCUUUUGGAUUUUGGGCAAUAUUAAGAUGGGUCUUUCCCAUGACAAGAAUCAAAGGAAUUCACCUGUAUUUUCUCCUGGAUUUGUUUGGCUUAACAUAUCAAUCUUUAAUCUAUUUGGAGUUUAUCCUAGUAUAUGCUGUUUUACAAAUGACUAUCCCAUUGUCUCAAUACUAAUGAAGUCCAUCUUUACUCCCAAUGGUUAGAAAUGCUGUCUUUGGGGCACCUGAGUGGCUCACUCGGUUGAGCAUCCAACUCUUGAUUUCAGCUCAGGUCUUUAUCUCAGGGUCCUGGGUUUGGGCCCCACCUUGAGCUCUGCACUGGGCAUGGAGCCUAUUUAAAAAAAAAAAAAAUGCUGUCUUUAUGGUAUACAAAAUUCCCAUGUUGUCUAUUUCUGGAUUUUCUAUUCUGAAUCAGUUUGCCUGGCCAAGCACUAGUACCACAUCGUUUUAAUUGAGCAUUAAUGAUCAUGUUAUAAAAUAUGCUAAAGAUCAUCCAUCCUUCCUGCUCUUAUUUUCACUUUUAGGGUGAUCAUAAGACAUUUCUAGCUUCUCAAAGAACUGUGAAAUGCUUAGAGCUAGACAAGCUUUGGAAGUCACUGUUUGUUUUGUCUGGGAGAGUUCUGGAGGAUGUUCUGAAUUCACGCCACGGCAUCCCCUCUCAACUAAGAAGGGCCAAUUUUAUCUUUAGGGCAGUGUGCUGCUUUCACCUGAAAUUUAUGUAAGCCAUGUUCCAUGCAGAUUAAGUGAGAAGAAACUAGAAUAACUUUUAUGAUCUUGGAAUCCGUGGGUUUUCUCUUUGAACUAAUUUGACUCUUUCCUCUCAAUGCUUUAGAGGGGCACCAUGCUUCCCUUUCCACAUGGGGGAUGCUAACUACAAAGGAAACAGAAAAGGUGGCAGGUAAAGUAUUCUCAUUUCUGUGCCCAGGAAGAAGACAAAGUCUGUUUUGUAAGCAUCCACUCUCUUCCACACUUACAUUGGUUCUGUGUUUUUAUUUUAUUUUAUUUUUAAACCAACUUUGUGAUUUUUAUUGAUGGGCGACAACUUCUGUACUCCUAGAGAUCACUAAACUGUGUACAAUUAGAGACGCAGCAUUAUAGAAGAGUAGACAGCAGAAUUAAACAGAGCGACUUAGGGAAAAAUCAAUCUUCAUUAUUUUGCCCAUUUUUCAUUACAUGUACACAGAAGCAUGAAUGCAAUUUGAAAUCUUUUAAUGGCAAUAAAGUUUACAAUCACCCGUCUAUGUGGACUAACAUCUUAACUCCAAAUAUCUGAUCUGCAAUGUGUAUGUAAGCAGCUUCUCAUCGCACAAUUAUUAAAAUGUAUUUUUCCUGUUAGGAACCAGCAACUUAUUUUUUGUAUUUAUGUUUCUUUUGAAGUAAGAACUAUUUCUUCUUUGAUAACUGGCUCAUUUUUAUCAUUAUCAAAAACUAAAGGGUGGGAAGGAAAGUGUGAUGGAUUAAAAAAUUUAUUUUUUAAGGAAAGAUAAAAUUCAUUUUCACAAAUUUACAAGUGUUGCUGGUGCAGGAUUUAUUCUACUAAGCAGUUAGACUGGGAAUCAAAUGCAAGUCCCCCUUCUUACUCAGGAAUCAGCAUUAUUUCAGAAACAUGGGUUUUGUGUAUUUUCUUAAACGACAGUCUGUUUGAACCGAAUGAUUUUGAUUUGGAAGGUAGACGUCAAUGUUGGUUCUGUGUUUUUAAAGGAUCACUAUUUUCUAACUCUUCGAGUGUGCACAAGGUCCGAGCGUGCAAGCCUGGACCCUGCCCCUAUAGAACUUAGUGAUACUGCCAUGCUCUAAAAUAAAGCCCAGAGAUGUGGAAAGUGACCCAGAAAUUUGCACUAGCAUAUGUCCCAUGUAGAAAAGGUACCUCUGGCGCACAGGAUUCGGUCAAUGGCAGUAGCUACUGCCCCCACCCCCCAAAUCUUAUGGGUUGGUUUUACUCUUUUAUUUAUAAAGCUGGUACUAUGCAAAUGAUCCUUGCAUAGUACCAGCUUUAUAUACAGCAAAUAUUCAUUCAGUAUUAUCACAAAGUGAGUAGCAGUUAAGCUACUCCUAAGCCUACCUUGAAAGCAAACCAGAGAUUUUAAAGUUUAUUCUGGAUGUUUAAAACUCUUCUCAUUGACAACAUAUUCCUUAAAAGAUUCCAACCUUCUUUAAACUUUUUAAAUCAGGAGAUAUAACCUAUAAAGAGAAAAUCAUAACAAAACAUGACAAAAUAGAAAUAAAAAGCUCACUGAAUGAUCACAAAGUGAACAUGGGGGCAGCCCUGGUGGCUCAGUGGUUUAGCGCCGCUUUCCGCCUAGGGCAUGACCUGGAGACCCGGAAUCGAGUCCCCCGUCAGGCUCCCUGCAUGGGGCCUGCCUCUCCCUCUGUCUAUGUCUCUGCCUCUCUGUCUCUCUGUGUCUCUCAUGAAUAAAUAAAAUAAAAUCUUAAAAAAAAAAAAAAGCCAGAGUGAAUACAGCUGUACCACCAUACAAGUCAAAAAACAAGAACGUCCCCCAACUCUCCCAGUCUGCUUAUACCUGCUUCUGGUUACUAACCCCUCCCCCUCCCCUAAAUAGACCCACUAUCCCGAUCUCUAACACAGUUUGCUUGUUUUUGAAUCCUCUAAAAAAUGGAAAUCAAACAAAAGGUAGUCUUUUGUGCCUGGUAUCUUACUCAGGAAAUUAGGUUUAACAGAUUCAUCUGUGUUGCUGUAUAUAACUGAUUAAUUUUUAUUGUAUAAUAUUCCAUUUUAUGAUAUAACACAAUUUAGGUAUCUGUUCCACCACUGAUAGACAUUUGUUUCUUUUUCAUGAACAUUCUUGCAUGUGUGUUUAAGUACAUAUGUGGACACACAUGUGUUAUUUAUAUAUCUAGAAUUAGAAAUCACUGGGUCAAAUCCAAAACUUUUUGAAAGUGGUUGUACCAGUUUACAUACACUGGAAUCAAAAAUGAAAAUUAAAACCAUAGUUAUAAACAGGUAUGGGUGAACCUCACAAACUUAAUAUUGAGUAAAAUUUAGAUGGAAACUCCUGUUCCACAUCUUUCUAGAUUUUUUUUUAAUUGUUAGUUUUUAGGGGAUCCCUGGGUGGCUCAGCGGUUUUGCACCUGCCUUUGGCCCAGGGCGCGAUCCUGGAGU